GAAAGAUCUCCACAGUAUGACCUUCCUCACCAACGUGCAGAGCUUUCUGAACCGCUUCGUGUGCAGCUCGCUCAUCCCGCCACCUCCGAGAGCAGCUGAAGAAAAGUGAGCCUAGCCUCUCCAUCCGACACACAGCGCACAAACGCACAGAUAAGCUGCAUGCCCCGCCUCACCUUGCCUUGUGUGACGCGUAGGAACCGAAUCGCGAUUGUGUGGGGACAUCCAAGGUAGAAAGGAGAGCACCUUUCUGUCCGACGACGAUGUGGUGCUGGUCUGCGUGCGAUGGAUGGAUGAAUGGAUGGAUGGAUGGAUGGCAGGUUCGACAGCUACAGCGCGGCACUGCUGGCGAGAGCCAAGGCGGGGCUGGCAAAGGCUGGUGAGUGCAGCAACAUCAUCAUCACACAGGCGGGCACGGACAAACGCACACACACACACACAGACACACAUGGCCGUCCGCUGUGGCACGUCGGUCUUUCGUUAUUGCAGGUCAUGAGGUGCAGCAGAUCGACCUCUACCACGAGGCUCCUGGCGCUAAGCUGGGGCCUUUCGAGUGUGCACUGAGCUCGUAUGAGCACGAGGGCUACUACGACCCAUCGACCAUCCCCGCCGACAUCCAGGAGCACCUCAAGAUACUCAAAUGGGCCGACAAAGGUGGGUGGGCCAGCCAAGUGAAAUGAAUGACCUCUGUGUGCCUACCCUGUGUGUGGUGGACGUUUCUCCUGCUCUCUCUUGGUUGCUUCCUUCUCCAGUGCUCUUCAUCUACCCGACUUGGUGGUUCGGUCCUCCGGCGAUGGUCAAGGGCUGGAUGGAUCGCGUGCUGCGGAUGGGCGAGACCUUCGACCUUCCCGGCAAGAGCACCCCAUCCACCAACCCCGCCAGCACUGCCGCGUCGGGCCUGAUUCCCAUGCUCACACACAUCAAGAAGAUCGGCCUGUAAGCACACAGACGCCAGCCAACACAAGUGCCACCGAAUGGCUUGUGUGUGUGUGUGUGUGUGUGAGGAUAACGACGUAUGGCGCACCGAAGUGGUAUUUUCUGGUGUACAGCGGCGACUACAGCAGGAAGAUCGUGAGCCGGGUGUUCGCGCCGGCGUGUGUGGGGUUCCCCGAGCUGCUGAUCCUCUGGAUGAUCAACCUGGACCUGUCGGACAUGAAGGCCAGGGAGACCUUCCUACAGAAAGUCGAGGCCUCCUGCGAGCACUUCUGAUCUAUCCGUCUGUGUGUGUGUGUGUGUGUGUGUGUGUGUGACCGUCGUGUGUCCCUUUUGUCCCCGACAGCAGCCUUGUUCUGUCUCGGUUCACUGCUGGGGGCGAAAGGCCGUUGCUGGCGGGACUGGCAGGAACGCACUAUGGCCCAUGUAUUAUUUUUCCCGGACCGCAUGGCAUGGCAUGCGGUUCCGUCGGCUUUUUUUGUGUGCUUUAUGAGAUAUCGAACUGCCCGUGUGUGGCUGCCUUUGCUGUUUUUUUGGUAGCUUUAUAGGGAAUGGAUAUGCUGGCUGCAUAUGAUGAUGAUAUGCGUGAAAAGAGAAAUGGACCAAACCAUUUUGGGAUCUUGUUGGCAGUGAGUGAGUGUCCGUUGCUCGCUCUACAAAGCUACAUGAUUCCAUUUAUAAGGGACCAGAAGCGAAUAACCCGACCGACACCAUUUCCGUGUGGCUUCUUGUGUGCGUUGUAUGAAG